UUGUUGUUCAUGAAUUAGACCAUGUUGAAUGUGUUUUUACUUGUCAAAGUACAGAAAGACAGUUCUGCUCACAUAUCGGUGGUCCACUUCUCCUCCCUUGAGCGUGGUUAGGAAGUCUGUCUGUGUCAGCAGUUUUCAUGUGAAAUCUGUGUUUUGUCCCUCUCUCUUUCUUCUUCAUGGCAUUUCCACUUUCCUUUUGCAUUACCCAUCACAUUUCUUUUCACUUUAACGGUUUAUUCUUGUCCAUUUUUCAUUAUUCUCUCCUUGUACCCCAUGUGCUUAUUCCUUGUGUUCCACUCCUUCUUGUCAUCCCUCCACUUCUUGCUCCUCAUCUCUUCAUCAUUCACAUCAUGCCCGCAGAGGAGGUGCAGAAAUUGCAGAAGCACCUUGCUCUGCUGAGGCAGGAGUAUGUAAAGAUGCAGCAGAAGCUGGUGGAGACGGAGAGGCGGUGCUCCGUGUUGGCGGCCCAGGCCUCUCUCCCCGGCUCCACCUCCCAGGCCAGUGACUCCUUCAUCAGCCGCCUGCUGGCCAUCGUGGCUGACCUUUAUCAGCAGGAGCAGUACAGUGAUCUGAAGGUGAAGAUUGGAGAGCAGAGGCUCAGUGCUCAUAAAUUCGUGCUGGCUUCUCGGAGUGAAAUCUGGAGCUUAGCCAACCUGGCCUCCACCUCAGAACUGGACCUCUCAGAUGCCAAACCAGAGGUUGCCAUGGCAAUGCUGCGCUGGGCAUACACGGAUGAUCUGGAGUUGAGUGGAGACGAUGGCUUCCUCAUCAACCUGAUGAAGCUGGCCAACCGCUUCCAGCUCCAUCUUCUGCGAGAAAGAUGUGAGAAAGGAGUGAUGUCAUCAGUGAACGUGAGGAACUGUAUCAGAUUCUACCAGACAGCUGAAGAACUGGACGCCACAACAUUGAUGAACUAUUGUGGAGAAAUCAUUGCCAGCCACUGGGAUGAUCUUCGGAAAGAGGACUUCAGUACCAUGGAUGCUCAGCUGCUCUAUAAGAUGAUCAAAUCCAAGACCGAGUACCCCCUUCACAAAGCAAUUAAAGUAGAACGAGAAGAUGUGGUCUUCCUUUAUCUAAUAGAGAUGGAUGCCCAGUUACCUGGAAAUCUGAAUGAGCUGGACAAUAAUGGAGACUUGGCGCUGGAUCUGGCUCUGUCCAAGAAGCUGGAGAGCAUUGCCACCACACUGGUCAACAACAAGGCAGGUGUAGACAUGGUGGACCAGAGCGGCUGGAGUCUUCUACACAAGGCCAUCCAGAGAGGAGAUGAGUUUGCCUCCACUUUUCUGAUCCGUCACUCCGCACAGGUGAACGCUGCCACAGUGGGGUCAGUGGAGACGCCUCUGCACCUGGUCUGCUCUUUCAGCCCUAAAAAACACAGUGGUGAAGUUAUGGCUGGCAUGGCCCACAUCGCUGAGGCUCUGCUCAAAGCUGGUGCCAACCCAAAUAUGCAAAACAGCAAAGGACGGAUGCCAUUGCAUGAGGCUGUGGUGUCAGGAAAUGAGUCGGUCUUUAACCAGCUGCUUCAAUGCAAACAUUUGGACCUGGAGCUGAAAGACCAUGAAGGCAGCACUGCACUGUGGCUGGCUCUGCAAUACAUCACUGUGGCCUCUGACCCCUCCGUCAACCCUUUUGAAGAUGAAGCUCCUGUUGUGAAUGGAACCUCAUUUGACGAGAACAGUUUGGCAGCACGGCUCAUACAGAGAGGGAGCAAUCCUGAUGCACCAGACGCCAACGGUAACUGCCUCAUGCAGAGAGCAGCUAUCACAGGAAGUGAAGCAGCCGCUAUCUUCUUGGCCACACAUGGAUCUAAAGUUAAUCACACUAACAAAUGGGUGACAGAGUUGCUCCAGCAGGGGGCGAAUCCUAACCUGCAGACUGACAGCGCCCUGCCUGAUGGAGUUGAGAAAAGCCAAGGAGUCUCCUUGCAAAGUCCGCUCCACCUGGCCAUCAUUCACAACCAUCCAGAUGUAGUGUCUGUCAUACUAGAGCAGAAAGCCAAUGCACUACAUGCCACCAACAACCUGCAGAUCAUCCCUGACUUCAGUUUGAAAGACUCAAUGGAUCAGACCGUUCUGGGUCUCGCACUCUGGACUGGUAUGCACACUAUCGCCGCACAGCUGCUGGGUUCUGGAGCAGCCAUUAAUGACACCAUGUCUGAUGGACAGACGCUACUGCACAUGGCCAUAAAGAGACAGGACAGCAAGAGCGCCCUCUUCCUGCUGGAGCACCAGGCUGACAUCAACGUCAGGACCCAGGAGGGGCAGACGGCUUUACAGUUGGCCAUCAGUAACCAGCUUCCUUUAGUAGUGGACGCCAUCUGCACAAGAGGAGCAGACAUGUCAGUGGUGGAUGAGAAGGGUGAUCCUCCACUCUGGCUGGCUCUAGAAAAUGGUUUGGAGGACAUAGCUUCCACAUUGGUCAGGCACGGGUGUGAUGCAACCUGUUGGAGUUCAGGGCCUGGAGGAUGUCAUCAGACUCUUCUCCACAGAGCCAUCGAUGAGAGCAACGAGAUCACUGCCUGCUUCCUUAUACGCAGUGGCUGUGAUGUGAACAGCCCGAGGAGGCCUGGUCCUAACGGUGAGGGAGAUGAGGUGGCGAGAGAUGGACAGAGCCCACUGCAUCUGGCUGCGUCCUGGGGUCUGGUGGAGGUGGCGCAGUGCCUUUUGGAGUUCGGAGCCAAUGUGAACGCACAGGAUUCAGAGGGUCGUGCUCCCAUCCAUGUCUCCAUCAGCAACCAGCAAAGUGUCAUCAUCCAGCUGCUCAUCUCCCACCCAGAAAUCCGGUUGAAUAUUCGAGACAGACAAGGCAUGACACCGUUUGCCUGUGCCAUGACCCAUAAGAACAAUAAGGCUGCUGAAGCCAUCCUCAAGAGAGAGCCUGGCGCUGCUGAACAGGUGGACAACAAAGGUCGCAACUUCCUGCAUGUUGCCGUGCAGAACUCAGACAUAGAGAGUGUGCUCUUUCUCAUUAGUGUACAGGCCAACGUGAACUCCAGAGUGCAGGACAGUGCCAAACUUUCUCCUCUACACCUGGCCGUACAGGCGGGAUCAGAGAUCAUUGUCAGAAAUCUGCUCUUGGCUGGUGCUAAAGUAAACGAGUUGACCAAGCAUCGUCAGACAGCACUGCAUCUCGCUGCACAACAGGAUCUUUCCACAAUCUGCUCUGUCCUGAUCGAGAAUGGCGUUGAUUUCGCUGCAGUAGAUGAGAAUGGAAACAAUGCACUUCAUCUGGCCGUGAUGCAGGGGCGUCUGAAUAAUGUGCGUGCUCUACUCACCGAGUCCAACAUAGAUGCAGAGGCCUUUAAUCUCAGAGGUCAAUCUCCAAUGCAUGUCCUUGGCCAGUAUGGGAAGGAGAACGCAGCAGCCAUCUUUGAGCUGUUUUUGGAAUGCAUGCCUGAGUAUCCGCUGGAUAAACCCGACAAUGAAGGGAACACAGUGCUUCUGUUGGCAUACAUGAAAGGAAACGCUAACCUGUGUCGUGCCAUUGUGAGGGCUGGAGCUCGACUUGGCGUCAAUAACAACCAGGGCAUCAACAUCUUCAACUAUCAAGUUGCCACUAAGCAGCUUCUGUUCCGUCUACUAGAUAUGCUAUCCAAAGAGCCCCCGUGGUGUGAUGGUUCAAACUGUUAUGAAUGUAUGACCAAAUUUGGAGUCACCACCAGGAAACAUCACUGCCGCCAUUGUGGGCGUCUGCUCUGCCAUAAGUGCUCUAUAAAGGAGAUCCCCAUCAUCAAAUUUGACCUGAACAAACCUGUGCGUGUAUGCGACAUCUGCUUUGAUGUGCUGACAUUGGGUGGCGUGUCCUAACACACUGGAGAAGCACGGGCAGACGGGCACCAGCCGAGCUGACCGUGAACCUACGGGCUGGGCCUGGGAGGAUGAAGAAAUGGAGUAAGACACAAAGAGAGGAGGAGCCCUUGAACAAAACCAUUCCAUUCUUGUCAAAGGAAAAAAUACAACUAUAACAAUAUGUGUUUGUUCUAGCAGUACAUUUUAGAACCAAACUAUUACGUGUCGAGGAUCCAGAUUAAAACUUGUGGAAUGCAGAUGCAAAUGAAAAUUGUAGUUCCGAAGUUCAGCUUUUGGCAAAAACCAAGUGUGAUAUGAGAAGGGCAACUGUUAUUUACUACUAAAAAAGAACCAUAGGGGUUUUUGACAGGGCUAAUAUGCUAUAUGGACACUAUAUGAUUAUUAUUAGUACUUCAUUUUCCAUAAGUAUGACGAGGCUAAUGCAUGACUGAACAUGCAAUCAUGCCAUCAGUAGGCCUACUCGAAUUGACUUGACUUUUUUUUACAGAUAGGUCGAACCCAGUUGGAGGUAGAUGCAGCGUCUUGUGAACAUUUCAAGGAAGUUUGUUUGGUGUGAAAUGCUGCUGGAUAUGAAGGCAUCUGUGAAAGGUAGCGAUGUUUAAGUAGUGUGAAGCCUUAAUCAUACUGUGCAGGGUCUUUCAGUUGUUGUAUUGAGGUUUUGAACACAUUUUAACUUCUGUGGAAGGACAUUUCUCUUUCUCUGGAGUUCAAAUCAAAAGAAAGAGAUGGAGAAAUAUACCUUGUUUGGUUAAUGUUGUGUUCUUAGUAAUAUUAGUAAACUUAAUCAUUUAUUAAUCUGCAUAUUCAGUGGACUUUAUUUUAACCGAUCCAUUAGUUUACAUCAUACUAAA